AUGAUUAUAUCAACGGUCCCCGAUAUAAAGUUAAGACUAGUUCACCUGCUUUUCUUUCUGUUACAAACAAUGGCUAGUGCUGCUCAGAUACUUACUGUGAUCACCAUCUUAUGUUUACCAAUGAUAACAAUUGGAUCGCUUGUUUUGUUAUUAGCUGCAUUAAAUAAGUCUAUUGGUGUUAGAAAAGUUUAUGUUAAAAUAUUAGCAUUUAUAUUUGAUUAUGCCACAAGAAUUAAACGAAAUAAAGAAAUUACUAUUGAUCCAGAAGCGUCUACAUCGGCCACCGACGAUCCACCUGAUAAAGAACGUUUAGUAAAGGAACCGGUGAUUGAGAAAUCUGAAGAUGGACUCAUUAAUGAAGACACCACGAUCAUCGCUUCACCAACAGCAAAAUCAAGUUCAAACUCAUCACAAGAAACUAAUGCAAAUCAGCAACAAGAAUCAGAUAAAUUAAGACAGAGGCGAGGACAAAAGACAACAGCAGACGAAACAGAUUUAGAAAAAUCAACGGGAAGCACUGGUCAAGGUGUUCAAUUCAAACUUGGUGAUAUAAUGGAUUAUACUCGUCAAGGUUUAGAAGCGAUCGUUGAUGAUGAAGUAACAAAACGUUUCACAUCAGCUGAAGAAAUGGCUGUAUGGAAUUUAUUAACUCGAACUCAACAAUCACAUGAAUUAUUUUCAUUACGUGUAUCCCUAUUAUGGUUUCUCGGAUUUAUUGUUCGUUACUGUAUUCUAUUUCCAUUUCGUCUUUGUUUAUUUUGUUUGGCCAUUUUUUGGAUGAUGGCUUCUGCAUUGUUUCUGAAAUAUUUUCCGAAUCCGGAUACAAAAUUACGUAUUGGAUUCUAUGUUAACUUGGUUCUACAUCGUAUUCUUUCGCGAGUAUUUUCGGCUAUUAUUACAUUUCAUAAUUUGGAAAAUCGAGCAAAACGUGGCUCGAUUUGUGUAGCCAAUCAUACAAGUCCAAUUGAUGUUAUUAUUUUGUCGACCGAUAACGGAUUUUCAAUGAUUGGUCAACAACAUGGCGGGUUUUUUGGCCUCGUACAACGAACACUAUCUCAUACGGCUAAACAUAUUUGGUUUGAACGAGCAGAAGCCAAAGAUCGGCAUAUGGUGACCGAAAAAAUGACAGAACACGUAUCAAAUAAACAAAAUUUACCAAUAUUAAUAUUUCCAGAAGGUACAUGUAUCAAUAAUACAAGUGUAAUGAUGUUUAAAAAAGGUUGUUUUGAAAUAACCGAGGCUCCUAUUUAUCCAGUUGCUAUUAAAUAUGAUAAUCGUUUUGGCGAUGCAUUCUGGAAUUCAUCAAAACAUGAAUUAUUUCAAUAUUUAAUACUAAUGAUGACAUCUUGGGCGAUUGUUGUUGAUGUUUAUUAUUUGGAACCAAUGAAAAUUGAAGAAGGUGAAACAUCGAUUGAUUUUGCAAGAAGAGUAAAAGCAGCUAUUGCUAAACAAGGUGGAUUUGUUGAUUUAGAUUGGGAUGGUGGUUUGAAACGUACAAAACCCAAAGCUGAUUUCAAAGCGGAAGAACAACGAAAAUUUUAUGAAACAUUAAAAACAGAAUGA